GAAAAACAAAUAGAAUCCAACAAUAAAAUGUGAAAAAGACAGAGAUAGAGAAGAAAAAAGGUGAAAUUUGGAAGAAAGAAGAAGAGAGAAAUGUCGGUAGCACACGCAGAUGACGCCGACGAUUACAGCAGGCCAACGGGAGAGAGUUACCACGCCGAGAAAGCAUUACCAAGCGGUGAUUUCUACACAGGACAAUGGCGAGACAAUCUCCCUCACGGUCAUGGCAAAUAUCUUUGGACCGAUGGUUGUAUGUAUGUCGGAGAUUGGCACAGAGGCAAAACCAUGGGCAAAGGUCGUUUUAGUUGGCCUAGUGGUGCCACCUACGAAGGCGAUUUCAAAAACGGUUACAUGGACGGCAAAGGUACUUACAUUGAUUCCUCUGGAGAUUUAUAUAGAGGAUCAUGGGUGAUGAAUCUGAGACAUGGGCAAGGGACGAAAAGUUACGUCAACGGAGAUUGCUAUGACGGAGAAUGGAGAAGAGGUUUACAAGAUGGACAUGGGAGGUAUCAAUGGAAGAACGAGAAUCAUUAUAUUGGACAAUGGAAGAAUGGGUUGAUGAAUGGUAACGGGACGAUGAUAUGGAGCAACGGUAACCGUUACGAUGGCUCUUGGGAAGACGGAGCUCCUAAAGGCAAUGGAACUUUCCGAUGGUCGGAUGGGAGUUUCUAUGUCGGAGUUUGGAGCAAAGAUCCUAAAGAACAGAACGGGACUUAUUACCCUUCGACUUCUUCAGGGAAUUUUGAUUGGCAACCACAACAAGUGUUCUAUGUUGAUUUGAGUGAAUGUGUGGUUUGUACUUGUCAGAGAAUCCCUGUUUGCCGUCUCAGAAGAUGCCGGUUUGGUACGGUUCUUCGGAGCAGAGUAGUAGUGGGAACAGGACGAAGAACAUUAGAUGAAAAUGCAGAGAGUAAUAGAUCAUCAUUAGGGCCUUUGAGAAUACAGCCUGCUAAGAAACAAGGACAAACUAUCUCUAAAGGUCAUAAGAAUUAUGAACUCAUGCUUAACUUGCAGCUCGGAAUUAGACAUUCUGUUGGAAGACCAGCACCAGCUACAUCUCUUGAUUUGAAGGCUUCAGCUUUUGAUCCAAAGGAGAAACUUUGGACGAAAUUUCCAUCUGAAGGAUCUAAAUACACUCCUCCACACCAGUCUUGUGAGUUUAAAUGGAAGGAUUAUUGUCCUGUGGUUUUCAGGACUCUGCGUAAACUAUUUAGUGUGGACGCAGCAGAUUAUAUGUUAUCGAUUUGUGGGAAUGAUGCUCUUAGGGAGCUAUCUUCUCCAGGGAAAAGUGGAAGCUUUUUCUACUUGACCAACGAUGACCGCUACAUGAUCAAGACUAUGAAGAAGGCAGAAACCAAAGUUCUUAUAAGGAUGCUUCCGGCUUACUACAAUCAUGUCAGGGCAUGUGAAAACACUUUAGUUACCAAGUUCUUCGGUCUUCAUUGCGUGAAAUUGACUGGCACUGCACAGAAAAAGGUUCGAUUUGUAAUAAUGGGUAACCUAUUCUGUACUGGUCACUCCAUCCAUAGGCGGUUUGACCUCAAAGGAUCCUCUCAUGGCCGUCUUACAACUAAACCAGAGUCCGAAAUCGAUCCAAACACAACGCUUAAAGAUCUUGAUCUAAAUUUUGCAUUCCGAUUGCAAAAGAACUGGUUCCAAGAAUUCUGCAGGCAAGUGGACAGAGAUUGUGAAUUCCUUGAACAAGAGAGAAUUAUGGAUUAUAGUCUCUUGGUUGGUCUUCACUUUCGAGAAGCUUCUUUCAAGGACUCUGCCACUCCUACUUCUGGUGCUCGAACCCCGACCGGAAAUCCAGAUACUCGUCUCUCCCGAGCAGAAAUGGACCGAUUUCUUCUUGAUGCCAGCAAGCUAGCAUCAAUAAAAUUGGGUAUUAACAUGCCUGCAAGAGUUGAAAGAACAGCAAGAAGAAGUGACUGUGAGAAUCAGCUUGUUGGGGAACCAACUGGUGAAUUUUACGAUGUGAUUCUGUAUUUCGGUAUUAUAGACAUUCUCCAAGACUACGACAUAAGCAAGAAGCUUGAACAUGCCUACAAAUCAAUGCAGUAUGAUCCGACAUCGAUCUCAGCGGUUGAUCCAAAGCAAUACUCUCGACGUUUCAGGGAUUUCAUCUUAAGGGUCUUCGUUGAAGACACUUGAGAGAACAAUCAUUCUAACUUGCACGCCAAGGCCCAACAAAGUUGAGGUUUUUCUUUUUGUUAGAAUUUUUCUAUAUAGAAAUAUUUGUAAAUUUAUUAUGUUAUUUAACCAAUUCACCAAAGUAGAGAAAAAUUGAUUCUUUUGUAACUAAAGUUCAAUACUCUGC